CCCACACCGGUCCCAAGCUGUAUCUACCGUCGGAUUGUUGCGUUCCGGUGAACAGGGAGCAUUCAUCGACGGCAGCCCACUACAACGCUCUCGGCUCCAAGUUGGAUUUCAAAACCGGCUGUCCCGAUUCCGGCCCUUCCGGUAUUGGUGGCGGCGCUGUCAGUGCUGCGAGCAGUGCAGCCUCCUCGGGCCAACUGUCGGCCAGUCCGGACUCGCAACAGUUCAACAUCUUCCCGGCCAUCUUCAGCCGCCAGCUGAACUUUACCGGAAGCACGUGUGGCGGCACAGGUGGUGGCGUCGGCGCUACUUCCUCCAAUCAAAACAAACUCAUGGACGACCUGCGGCCAAACCUCGUCGGUGGCCUGCUCGGCCUGCAGCAAGGCCUACUCGAUGACCACACGCUCGGCCACGGAAACCUCCAGCACAACGCCCAGGAUACCAAGUUUAUGUCACUCCAGGACAACCGGCUCAUGGGGAUCGGUCCCCACGAAAACCGCCUGCUUGGAUUAUCCCAGGAAAACCGAACCCCCGUCGGCCAACCCAACCUCGACAAACCGAUCCAGCGGAAGUGCAGCAGUACGCCCGAGGAUUUCAGCUCCCUGUACGGUGGAUUAGCGGGGACACCCAUUAGUGACCAUCACCAUCAUCACACGCCUGCCCAUACGCCUCCGAACCGGCUGUCGGACAAUACGUCGCUAACAGCGGAAGGUGCUUUCAAAAAACUAAAACCCGAACCCAACAGCGGGCUCUCGUCGGUGUCCGGUAGCAUCUCGUCGCCCGGAAGUGGUCUCUCGUCCCUGCCUCAGCAUGCCGGCCACACGCCCACCACAGCAUCCUGUCCGACACCGGCGCGGAGGCGGCAUCGGACCACAUUUACUCAGGAACAGUUAGCAGAACUAGAAGCGGCCUUUGCAAAAUCUCACUACCCCGAUAUCUACUGUAGGGAGGAAUUAGCACGAACCACUAAACUGAACGAAGCAAGGAUACAGGUCUGGUUCCAGAACCGCCGGGCCAAAUAUCGCAAGCAAGAAAAGCAAUUACAGAAAGCGCUCGCCCCCUCGGUGAUACCGUCGUGCAACGGCAUGAUGAGAAACAUACAAGGCUACAGCGUGUCCCGGGGUUAUCAACCGUAUCCCCAUCCAAACUCAAUCAAUCGAUAUCCGCAGGAUCUGUUCCAGAUGGGCGCCUCGUCGUACCCCGGCAUGACGCAACCCUUCUCGAUGUCACACAGUUCAAACAUGGGCUCGGUCGGAGUGCGCCAGGAUUCGAUGGGAAUGUCCGCCGAAGACGAAUGGUACAACAAGAGUCUGUCCGCGCUGCGGAUGAACAGCUCGCACCACCCGAACCUGUCCGCGCCGAUGCUGCAGUACCAGACAUAAUUAAUGUAGGAUCAACCCUCCGCCUUCCCGAGCUGCUGACUGUCCACGUCCCCUCUGGAGGAGCAUUGAACGACAUUCGAUUCCUAAAAGAAAUUCUUUAUUUUUGGUCGUGGAAAUUGAAAUGGUCCGCGGUGAGGGACGGGGGUCACUAUUUUUUCGGGGGAGAGAGGCGCAGCAGAAGUGCAAUCUGCAACAAUGAACCGUUAAAAUUCCAUUAGCCACCCACUCGCAAAACGGACGCAUAAUUGAAUCAAUUUAGUAGAGCGCACUAAAAACGCGGUUUUAUUUUUAUAUUCAUUUCGAUCUUUCGUGGAAGCGUUAAUCGGCCGCACCCGACCAAAACGCAUGGUUCUUUUCUCCGAAAUUGGUCGGAAACGAGACCGAUUUUUUCGAUUUAUUUAUUUUAAUUCACCUAGAAAUGGCGCAGAAUGAAUAAAUUAACCGCUGCAAAUUUUUGUACGUUCGAUUUAAUAUUAAAAGCUCACUAAUUUAUUCGCUCUCAAAAAACAAUGUUGACGCUAACGAGAAUUUAAAUAUUUUACCCCGGGCCACGGUGAGGAGGAGUGAAACAAAAAAAAAUGCAGUGUAGUAUCUAUAGAGGAAAUACAGCAAAAAAAACUUGUACAUUGAACCAAAAUGGAGCGUGAAAAAAGGAGACACAUUAAAUUGCGUUUGCAACACCCAUGCUGAGAAAAAUCAAAUAUUAAAGCAAACUGCGUGCAUAUGCACAAAACAAAACAAAAGGAUUAAGAAAACAAACCAUACGAUAUAAAGAAGAACUAGUUCGUAAGCUAAAAAUAUAAAUUACUGGAAAUAAAACAAAAGAAACAAACAAAAAAAACACUAACACUAAUUUAACAAUGCUAAGAGUGGCACAACGUCUAAAGUUUGAAUGAUCGUAGCUAAAUUAUUUUAAGUUGAUGCUCUUGAGAGGGACAAGCAACAACAAAAAAAUCGAGGAAAAAAUAAUAAAUCUUAUAAUCACAUUUAAACGAGAAAACAUUCCGAGGAGAGCGAUUAGUUGAACUAUUACAAAUAUAUGCAGCAGCAGCAGCAGCAGUACCAUUUCUAGUCACAAAGAAAGCUAAAUCCAAAGCAUUGAUUGUACGUGUACAUAUAGGCCGAAAACAAUGCAUUAAAACGUAUUUGAGAUGUAACGAA